UUCAUUCUUACUCUGGUUUCAAAACUGCCACGUGGCACCUCAUGCUUCCCGAGCAAUUUCUUAUAUAGAUCUUUGUAGUUUGCUUGUCUUGGCUUUUCGGCUCUAAACUUAAUUUUAAUUCGACUGUAGUCUCGAGUCGAGAAGACCAACCAACCGCCAUGGCAGUGGUCUGCAACUUCUACUCUCUUACAGACCUUGCCAAGCGCUUACCUUCGGCCUUUAUCCGCCAAAACCCACCUCAGCUUGUGAAGUCACCUUCAAGACAAAGUUUCCAAAAUUCAAAACAUCCAUCUAAAGUUAGUGCUAUAUUUUGGGGGCCUAGGAAAACAGUGGAGCUACAUGAAAUGGAUCUUUCACUGGGGGAGUUUACUGUGACAGGGUCUGGCCUAGAGGGAGCCUCAUCAAAUGAGGUCAGACCCCAGAAAAUAUCUCUAUCAGUGGUUUCUUCAAUCUCAGAGGUCUCACCAAACGAGUGGGAUGCAUGUGCUGUGGAUGCUAUUGGCCCCGAAAAAAUCAAUCCGUUUCUUACCCAUGGUUUCCUUUCAAGCUUGGAAGAGUCAGGUUGUGCGGUGAAGGAGACAGGAUGGUUACCACGUCACAUCAUUGCUCAGGAUGAAUUAAAGAAUAUCAUAGGUGUUGUUCCACUUUAUCUUAAAAGCCACUCUUAUGGGGAAUUUGUCUUUGAUCAUUCCUGGGCAGAUGCUUACUAUAGUUAUGGAUCUAGAUAUUAUCCAAAAUUGCAGUGUUGUGUACCAUUUACUCCUGUAACUGGUAAGAGGAUAUUAAUCCGUAACACCUGGUACAAAGAACAGGUUUUUGACAAGAUAGUAUCUGCAUUGAAGGAUAUGACAGCUAAGUUCCAGGUCUCAUCACUUCAUGUUACUUUUCCAUCUGAAGAUGAGUGGAACAAAAUGAAGGAACAUGGAUUUCUGCAAAGGAUAGGGAUGCAGUACCACUGGAAAAAUUGUGAUUAUAGAAAUUUUGAUGACUUUUUGAUGGACAUGAAGCAAAGUAAACGGAAAAAUAUUCGUCAAGAGAGGAAGAAGAUUUCUGCUCAAAACUUGAGAAUGAAACGACUUCGUGGAGAUGAGAUAAAGGCAAAACACUGGGAUUCUUUCUACAAGUUUUACAGGAAUACAACUGAUAACAAGUGGGGGAGAGCAUUUCUAACAAGAGACUUCUUUCACAACAUGGGAUCAAAGAUGGGAGAUCAGGUAUUACUUAUUGUUGCUGAAGAGGGGGAUGAACUUGUUGCAGGAGCUCUUAAUCUUAUUGGGGGAGACACUUUAUUUGGGCGCUUAUGGGGGUGUCUUCCACAAGUCUAUUAUCCAAGUUUACAUUUUGAAGCUUGUUAUUACCAGGCAAUUGAAGCAGCAAUUGAACUAAAUCUUAAAAAGGUAGAGGCAGGAGCUCAGGGAGAACAUAAAAUCCAGCGGGGUUACCUACCUGUGACUACUUACAGCUGCCAUUACAUUCUAGAUGAAGGUUUUAGAGAAGCUAUAAAGGACUUUCUUGUGCGUGAAACAGAUCAGGUUAAGCUUGUUAUGAAACUAUUACAUGAUUCUGGCCCCUUCAAAGAUGGUGUACAUCAAGCCAUUGAAAUUUGAAUACCUGAUUAAAUUGUAAAAAGCAUUUGUAAAUGUGAGGGUUUGGUACUUCAGUCAAAUGUAAAUGUCCUGUUCUAUAUGUGAUUAGUUUCAUUCCCUAGAUUCAUUAUGAUUCGAUAACAGGAACAACAGAAUUAUCACUGAAAUUAACGAACCAAGUUGUUCAGUUGAACUCCGACGUGGUUUAUAAAUUUACAAUUUUGUUGUCGACAA